AUUCUGGAAGUCCGGCCGUCUAUUUGACAGCUGUGCGUCGGUUGUCAUGCUGAUUGUUCCGGCUUGUGCAAAAUUGGCUAUGAGUGUGGAAUGUUAUGAUGUACCGUUCCGUCAACUAGGAAUCGUUCACAUGUAGUACGUCAAGCCAGCGUAUAUCGAAGAUAUCUGUCGAUAUCAACAAGAACAGUACGUUUUUUGUUGUUAAAUUCUUUGGGUAGUGGAGCUAAUGAAGUUUGUAAGCUGGUAAUGUGGUAGUUUUUGUUGUGAAAUGGUAGGGGUGUGUUUACGGUUUGCCAGAGGUUGGAAGUGACGUUUGAGUAUGUCGCAUGAUGAAAAUGUUUCAGCAUCUGUUGUCGAGAGCAGGAACUUUGUAGAUGAUGAUGGAAUUAACAAGCUAACAGUGGGACUGUUGUCUUUGUAUGAAUUGGAUCUUGUGAAAGCGAAAGGGCAACUUGAUGAGUUGACAAAAAAGCAGAUGUCCGUUAUCACUCAACUGCAGGACGAAAAUGAAAAGCUAAAUAAAAUGCAGUGCACGAACGAUCUGCAAGAAAUGAAAAGAGCCAUGAAGCUUCAGCAGAUAAAACAGAAGGAAGCCUUGCAACGCCAGCAUCAGCGAGAACUACAAAUACAGCGAGAACAAGAGUUAAUUGCAAAGCCACUUGCUGCACAGAAAAAGAAUUGACAUUUGCCAGACAUUGUAGAAACUAUUCCAGUGUGCUGAGAGAAAUCUUACGAAUGAGAAAGCAAGAUUUUAAAAAUGCAGAGUUGCUGGAUGGUCUGGAAGUUAUAAACAAGAUGUGGUGAAAUAAUUUUCUACCUGCAAUAGGCCAUAGCUACUAAACUUUGGACAUAAAAACUGGCUUUUUUAUGCUGUGAUGUCAUGAAACCAAUUUGUAUAACUGCCAAGACCAACAGCAAUGGUUGAUAAGGUAUUUCUUGGCUCUUUAGCAAAGGGAAACAGCACAACUGAAAUGACCCGUAUGAACAUAAAGGAUUAAUUGGAACUCUCAACAUUUACUCAGGUGUAGGUGGUAGGGUUUUCACAGUUCCAGCUCCUUGAAGUUGUUAAGGGGAAGAUAAAGAAUAGUGCUGGUACACUAGAUUAAUUUUUGGUGUUACAGAAAGUACUUGAAUCCUUCACUGGUGGAACACUGAUUUCCAACAUAGAUUAUUUAUGGAUCUCUUAUUUAAAUCACCAAUAAAAUUAAGAUAUUGUUGUCUUGAUGACUGUUUUUCAGAGUAUAUUUUAUGCAUCUAUUUAAUAUGUCAAAUUAAACCCAGCUACCUGUAAUUAUUAGUGCCUCAUCUGAUAUUUCACAGAAUUGCUCAGUAACACUUCACUGGGUGGAGUGUUAGAAAUUGUUGCUUAUGCUACAAAAUAAACUGUUACUGUGAAAGAGAAA